AUGUGCAGUUUUACACACUGAGCUAUAGUGAGCCUCUCGGCUUUCACCUGGUUUCUCUUUACUAUUCGGCGCCUAGCUGGAGGUUCUCUCGUAAUGUAAAAAGCAAGUGGGCAACACACAGCCUGCACACUCCUCCACACACACACUCCUCCACACACACCUCCUGCACACUCCUCCACACACUCCUCCUGCUGCGCCUUGGGCAUCCUUCUCUCACCUCGGACCCGACUGCAUGGAGGAAGAGAAUUCCUGAUAUUUUGAAGUCUGUGUGCUGCUUGACUGGACAGUUUGUGGGGAUUGCUGCAGCCCUCGUGUCCACCUCCUGCACUCACUCCUCAGGUAAACAGUCCACAACCUGCGAGACAAAUCCUUCUGGAACUUUCGACAGCUUUCAGUUUUUCACUUCGUGAGCCAGCUUUAAUUCUGUCAUGCAGUUGAUGUGAACUGACUCCAGCAUCGUUAAAGCAAAGGUGCUUCUGCUUCAUUCCACAAUGAAGGACGACUUUACUGAUGAGGAGGACGUGCAAUCCUUUGGCUAUAAACGGUUUGGUAUCCAGGAGGGGAAUGAAUGUACUAAAUGUAAAAACGACUGGGCACUAAGGGCAGCCAUUGCUCUCCUGUACGUCCUGUGUGCACUGCUCACAAUAGCUGUGGCUGUAUUAGGAUACAAAGUGGUUCAGAGAAUGGAUGAUGUAACUGAAGGGAUGGAGAACUAUGAAGGCAAAAUUAUUGCUGUAGAGACAGACUUGAAAAAGCUUGAUGAUCAAACAGGAGAGAAGUCAGAGAAUGCCACAAAUGAAAUCCUAUCAUUCAAGGCAGAAAUCCAGACAUUACAGAACCAAAUUAAUGACAUUGCCCUGAGCGCAUCUAACAACAGGGCAGCUUUGGAUGAGCUACGGGUUGUAGGUGAGGAUAUGCAAAGUGGCCAUGUAUCACUGAGAGACCUUCUAGAGAGCAAUACCAACACCAUCCUCACUGUCAACCGUACUCUAACGACAUACAACAACUUGAUUGGUGGACUGAAGUCAGAUACAGAACGGCUCCAAUCAGAUCUUCAGGUACAGAUAAGGGAACAGAGUCGCUCCACCCACAGCCUUAAUAUUCUUAACUUCACGCAGACUCAGCAAAGAAGUCUCAUCAGCACCCUCCAGAGUUCAGUGGAGGAUACCAGCCAGGCAGUCCAGAAGCUGAAGAAUGACUACCAGAGCCUACAGCAGGUGGCCAGGCAGACCAAGGCAGAUGCUGACUGGCUCAGAGAAAAAGUGCAGAACCUCCAGUUGCUGACUGCUAACAACUCAGCACUGACCCGUUCAAACAGUGAUGCACUUGAGGACAUAGCAUCACAGCUCAGUUCACUGUCUGAGCAGAUUCAGAAUGCCUCAACUAUAACAGACAAUCAUGACCAGAAUCUGCGUGAGCUCAUGGAUCAACAGCGCGAUCAUGACAAUGCCACCACCAACAGGUUUGACACUUUGGAGGCACGUCUGGAUCGCAAUGAGGAGGAUAUGGACCGCAUCACAGGGAAUGUGAGCGUUGCUACACAGCUGCUAGGCUCCAUCAGUACUGACUUGAAUGGUCUUCGCACCUGUACUGAGACAGUGACAAGGCACUCGGACCUGCUGCUGGCUCUCAACAGCAGCAUUGUGGAAGCCAGGGCAGAUGGCACUGAGCUCAAAACUCAGCAAGAAGAGCUUGCUGUCAGGCUUGACAAAGAAGUGAGCAGCCUCUCCAUAGUCAUGGAAGAAAUGAAACUGGUGGACAGCAAGCACUCCCAACUCAUAACCAACUUCACUAUCCUUCAAGGUCCUCCUGGUCCUAGAGGCCCUCGGGGGGAUAAAGGACCCCAGGGGCCUGCAGGAAAACAAGGUGAGAAAGGUGACAGUGGAGAAAAGGGUGCUCCAGGUGUGCCAGGGCCUAAAGGAGACAGAGGCCCCCCUGGAAUUCCAGGGGUCCCUGGCUUCAAAGGUCCUCCUGGACCAAGGGGAAGCCCUGGGUCAAAGGGCUCAAGAGGAUCAGGGGGUCGUGCUGGGCCUCCAGGGGAGAGGGGUGACCCUGGUUUACCUGGUCUUGCUGGCAGAGAUGGUCAACCAGGUCCUCAGGGGCCUCAGGGGCCCCCAGGGCCACAAGGGCCAGUGGGACCUGCAGGACCACAAGGACCUCCUGGCCCUGCUGGUCCUAUUGGUCUACAGGGACCACCUGGCCCAACUGGACCUCCUCCUCAACUGGCUAAACCUUUGCAACCAAUAGGACCACAAAGCUCAAUGUCCCGUCAAGUUUAUGAACCUCCUCCCACCAGCACACCAGGAUGCCCACCUCAGUGGAAGAGCUACAAAGCCAAGUGCUACUACUUUUCAGCUCCAUCAGAGCGAUUGAAUUACGAUGAAGCAAAAGAAAUGUGCAAAAAUAAGACUUCUACUAUGCUUACCAUCCACAAUGAGGAUGAACAGCUUUGGAUUCGGAGGCAAAUUGCAGGAAAGGGUUACUUUUGGCUGGGUCUUACAGAUGUGGUAGAGGAAAACAUCUGGAGAUGGGUUGAUGGGACCCUCCCCUCCUAUACGAAUUGGAAACCAGGCCAACCAGAUAACUGGAGCCAUGGCCAUGAAGAAGGAGAAGAUUGCGCAGGACUCAUCCAUGAGGGCAAAAAAGAAGAGGGCCGAGCUCAGACUUGUGUUGUUGUUUUUCCUGUUUAUAUCCCGGCGAUGCCUCUUUUCACGUCCAAUCCUUUUGAUCAAGAUGUUGAGAAAGCAACCAGUGAGAUGAACACAGCUGAGGACUGGGGCCUCAUACUGGACAUAUGCGAUAAGAUAGGACAGUCACGCACCGGACCUAAAGAAUGCCUUCGCUCCAUUAUGAGGCGAGUCAACCACAAGGAUCCCCAUGUAGCCAUGCAGGCUCUGACAUUAUUAGGGGCUUGUGUGUCAAACUGUGGGAAGAUCUUCCAUUUGGAGGUGUGCUCGCGAGAGUUUGCCAGUGAAGUUAGCAAUGUCUUAAACAAGGGCCACCCAAAAGUAUGUGAGAAGCUCAAGGCCCUCAUGGUGGAAUGGGCUGAGGACUUCCGAAAUGACCCCCAGCUCAGUCUCAUAUCAGCUAUGAUCAAGAACCUGAGAGAGCAGGGUGUCACCUUUCCUGCUGUUGGCUCCCAGGCAGCAGAGCAAGCUAAAGCCAGCCCUGCUUUAGUGGCCAAAGACCCAGCAACAUCCACAACCAAGAAAGAGGAAGAAGACUUGGCCAAAGCCAUCGAGUUGUCUUUGAAGGAGCAGCGGCUGCAGAACCAGACCUCAUUCUCUGGGCUUUACCCGAGCGCUAGCAGCCUUCUCACCUCCCACAAAGCCGAGGGAAGGAAAGUUCGGGCUAUUUACGAUUUUGAGGCUGCAGAGGACAACGAGCUAACCUUCAAAUCUGGAGAGAUCAUCACCAUCUUAGAUGACAGUGACCCCAACUGGUGGAAAGGUGAGACAUAUCAGGGCGUGGGCCUUUUUCCAUCUAACUUUGUCACAGCAGACCUGACAGCAGAGCCAGAGAUGAUGAAAACGGAGAAAAAGACAGUGCAGUUCAGCGAGGACAUCCAGGUGGAGACCAUUGAACCGGAGCCUGAGCCUGUCUACAUAGAUGAGGAGAAAAUGGACCAGUUGCUUCAGAUGAUCCAGAGCGCAGAUCCAACAGAUAAUGAGUCAGACGCCUGUGAGCUGCUCCAGCUGGAGGGUGCCUGCAACCAAAUGGGUCCACUCAUUGAUCAGAAACUGGAAGAAAUUGACAGGAAGCACUCGGAGCUGUCUGAGCUUAAUGUGAAGGUGAUGGAGGCACUCUCAUUGUAUGCCAAGCUGAUGAAUGAGGACCCCGUGUAUGCCAUGUAUGCCAAACUGCAGAGCCAGCAGUACUACAUGCAGCAACCCGGCACCUCACAGCAGGUAUACCCAGGGCAGACAGCUGCAGGACAGUACGCUGUGGCUGCUACAGGGGUGCAGGGUUAUAAUGUUCCUGUGGAGCAGAUUCCAGCCAUGAACCAGGUGCCUGCUCCUUUACCAGGCCAACCGGCACCCAGUGAUGUGCACAUGUACAUAGGCCAGGCGCCCGUGUACAGUGCUCCUGCGGGCAGCAUGGCUCCUGCUGAAGUGCAGCAGGCAUACCAGAACACUGCCAGUGGACAGGCAGGCCUGACCCAAACUCCCAUCUACACCUGUGCCAAUCCCACAGACCCUCAACAGAGCCCUUACCCGGAAAAAGCCCUCUUAUAGGACCCACAUACACGGCUCUCGUCUCUCCAGUAUACAUACACACCCUUCUCAUGAACAAAGAGGUGCAAGCUAACACUAAAACAACAUGGCUACAGGGCACGGGAGCAGACUGAUCCGCGCUCCUACAUCAUUGUCAUUGUUUCUGAUGAACAUACACAUGUCUAUACACACUACAUUCUCCCAGUAAUGCACCCAGACAGUAGAAACCACAGAAACACUCAGUCUGACCGAGUAAAAGACACCGAAUAUUGAUUCACUACUGACUGGUUACAUUAUGCAAUUUGAAGAAAGGCAGACAGGAGUUAGUCUCUCUCUCACUAUCUCUCUAUCUCUAUCUUACAGUCUCGCCCUCUCACUCUCUUGAAAUAUAUGUCUUUCUGACUAUCUUUCUCCCUCUCUCGCUAUCUCUAUCUCUCAAGCUACAUCUCUCUCUCAAUUUCGCUCUAAAUUGCUCUCUAUCUUUAUCUAUUUCUCUCGAUCCUGAUGUCUAUUUCUUUCUUUUACAUUAUGUCUCUAUCUUGCUAUCUAUCUAUAACUUAUCUCCAUCUGUCUCUCUAUUUCUCUACCUCGCUAUCUGUCUGUCUCGCUGUCUCCAUCUUACCAUUUUUGUUUCACCGUCUCUGUCUUUCACACCCUCUGUCUUUCUCUGUCUGUCUCUAUCUCACCAUCUAUGUCUCUCAAGUUCUAUCUCUCUCGCACUCUUAAGUUAUUUGACUGAGUUGGUGCCACCCUAAUGCCUACUAAAGACUACACAUUUACUUGUUUUGGAAAAGCUGAAACACAAAUGGAGCAUGCACAUGUACAUAAUUUUCCUUUCUGUUAUGGAACUUCUAACAGUCACAGGUGUUUGUUGCUACAGGGUUUCAUAGGAGAACUUCAUUUUUCCGUGUGUGUGUGUAGAGGUCAGUCUGCAUACAUAAGUGUAAGGUCUUCAUGUGUCAGUAGUUCUGAAAAAGCAUUGUAGCCAUUCCACCUCUCCUGUGGGACUGUGUAGCACAGCACCAGCAUGGUCCCUGACAGAGUGGCGCAGUCCGUACAGCAAUCCCCGCAGUUCUCAGCAGGAUGGCGCAGUCCAUCUUCCUAGGGUCUUGAAGCAUUUCUUUAACACAGUGUUAAAUUGAUUCUUAAUUGUAGUAUGUCUUUAUUUAUUUCGACUGUCAUUUUAAAUGCACUGUACUUUGAUAUAUGAGAAUAAGGAUGAUAUUCUGCUUAAAAAUGUAGAUGUGUAUAUAUGAGAACCUGUGUUACAGCAGCUGCUCCUUCUGUUGAAAGAGCACAGUGAAAGGCAUGUAGUAAUAUUACUCAAUGAUGUUAUGCACUUUUGAUUUUGACUCACAGUCUCAAGUUUCAGCUCGCCUCAAGUUGUAAAACAUUUUAACCACAGAAGGACUAAAGCGGCUAACUGAAAAAUUCAAAUAUUUAGGCACUGGGAAUUUUAAGAUUUCACUAGAACACUAAAAUUGCCUUGUACAUUUUGAUAUGUCUGAUUCCCCUCCAUCGAGAACCAGUUGUGUAUGAUGUGUGUGGGAAUGAUUGUAGUCCAAUAUCUCUAAUAUCACUACAUUUUUAAUCAUUUUGGGAUAAGAUGGAGGCUGAAAGUGAGUUCAUUAGGAUGUUUUAUUGGGAUCAGAGUUUGUAUCCUCUUUGCCCUGGUAUCAUCUGUGUACGUGGAAUAUCUAAAUAUUAAAGAGUUGCUAAAAGAUCUUGACCUGGGGACAAUGAGCCAGUUCCAGCGUGGUCCGCCGCUUUUUACACACAGCUGUGAUCCUGAUAUAAACUUUAUUCACAGGGAGAAUGAUCUUUCCAUGUUUUAAAGGUCCUUGGUGUAUAAGUUCGGUUAAAUGUACCUAGUUCUUUAUGUACUAUUUUAAUCAUCUGAAUGAUUAGUAUUCACAAUAAAAUUAGCCCAAAUGUA